AUGAUUGAGGGGCAGGUCUUGGUGGCGUCGAAUGAUCAGUGGUAUUGGGACAGAGGUGUAGUCGAACAUUUCUCAGUUUUAGGAGUUAAGAAAUGGAUUGAUAGUGGUUACCCUAGUGAUAAUAAUGCGGUGUUUUCUUGGAGUAAAUGGGUGCCAAUUAAAUGCAAUAUAUUUAUGUGGAGAAUGUUGAUGGAUCGGAUCCCGACGAAGCAAGCGUUAGCUAGGUGGAAUAUAAACGUGGGGGAUGGGUUGUGUUCGUUUUGUGAAGAUCAAGAGGAGAGUGUUGAUCAUUUGUUUUCUGCUUGCAUCAUUGCUAAUGGGGUGUGGAGUGGGAUUGCAAGGUGGUUGAAACAUCAACCGUUCUUUUUCUUCUCUGUAGCCGACAUUAUUCAUGAGUUCACGUCCUCCUCUUGGCCCCCGAGUAAGAGGUUUAUUAUAAAGGGCAUUAUGAUCAUUGCUUGUUGGCGUAUAUGGAAAGCUCGGAACGAGAAGAUUUUCAAGAAUGAAAGGCGAAACGUGGCUGAGAUUAUUGUAGAUAUUAAAGUUUUAAGUUUUCUUUGGUUUUCUAAUCGUUGUAAACAGGGUUCCGUGGGUUGGAGGGAUUGGCAGUCUUUUAGUUUUGAUGUGAUGUAA